AUGCCUCGUGUGGUGGCCCUGAGCGAGGACGCAGAGCCGGGCACCUGCGUGGCCGAGGUGACCGUGUCCUGCAGCAAUGCCAGCGGCAGCCCCAAUGUCACCCUGCAUGGUAUGGAAGGCCACCCCUUCAACCCCAUCGCCAUCAGCAUCGACCCCAUGGCUGCUGCCACAUUUCGGGCAGAGGUGACACUGCGUGCUGAUGCGGAGCUCAAUGCCCGCCGGGUGAACCAGUACACCCUGACCCUGCGGGCUGCCUGUCCCGGUGAGGAGCAGGUGGAAGAGCAGCUCUUUGUUCAAGUGACAGCGGGGCAGGCGCUGCGCUGUGACAGCCCCUUUGCCAGUAUGGGUAGGAGCUGGGGGCAGCGGUUCCGGCUCCAAAACCAUGACACACCGCUCACGCUCACCCGCCGCGGCCUGGUGCUUGCACCUGCAGAUGGCUUCAACCCCAGCAAGGACACCCAGACAUUCAGGCUGGAGAUCGAGGUGACAGACCGCCACGGGCACAACUGCAGCGGGGCCUUGAGGGUGGAGGUGCUGCCAUCACGCCGUCCCCGUGUCACCUUCCUUGAGCCACAGCUGGCUGUGACAGUGCCAGAGAGCACCAGACCCUUGGAGGUGGUCACACAGGUCCAGGCCACUGGGGAAAAUGUGCACUAUGCAAUCCUCGCUCCUGUGGCACCUGCGCUUUUCACCAUUGAUGAGUUGACAGGUGAGAUCCGCAGCACCCGCCGGCUGGAGGUGGCCCAUGCACUCCUCCGUGUCCGCGCUUACAACGCGCUGCGCCCCGCUGACCACGCCACCGCCACCGUCAAUGUCACCGUGCGGGGGACAGACCAGUGGGCACCCAUCUGCACCCCAGCCAUCUCUGUGUCCCAGGUGCCUGAGACAGUGUCCCCUGGCAGCACCCUGGUGGCACUGAGGUGCACUGACCCCACUGGCACUGAGGGGGACCUGCACUAUGCCCUUGAGGGGCCCCUCGCCUCCCGUUCCCACUUCUGCAUGGAGGGGCCACAGCUGCAGGUCAACACCACCCUGGACUACGACUCGGAGGCUGCAUCCUUGGUGGGCUUCCAGUUCACAGUCACCAUCGUGGUGACAGCAGGAGGGCAGCCCCCGCGGAGCACUCACGUGCCCGUGCUCGUGACGGUGACGCCUGUCAAUGAGUUCACACCAGUCUGCCCCAACGGUGCCACCUUCACUGUGCCGGAGACAGCGGCUUUCGGCAGCGCCGUGGGGUAUGUGGCCGGCACCGACCGCGACUACCCGCCGAACAGCCUGGAGUACGGCCUGGAGGGGGGCACUGGCCCCACGCAGCCCUUCUCCAUUGACACACACACAGGCGAGAUCCGUGUGGUGGGACCCCUCGACUCCCAGCAGCACAAGAGCUACAGGCUGACAGUGCGGCUGACAGACACACACAACGACCUGAACCCGGCAAGGCGCCGGAGCCGCCUGUGUGACGUGACCGUGCGCCUGCAGGCUGUGCUGGACAAGGCACCAGUGUGUACCCCCGAAGUGCAGGAGCUGUGGGUCACGGCCAGGUCAGCACAAGCCCCUCACUGCCACGUGGCACUGAGUGGACCCUCUUAUCCAGGCAACGAGGAAGGGCGCUUUCAGCUGCAGGGGAACACCCUCUUCUGCCUCUCUGAUGACCUGCCUGAGACCCGUACCUUCGUGCUGCUGGUGGAGGUGUGGGGCCGCCCCAGUGUCCCCCGCCGCAGCACCAUGGUGGCACUGGUGGUGCACAUCACCCCCUGGAGCACCACGGUGCCACCCAGCACUACCACCCGGCACACGACCCUGUGGAAGGAGCCACUGGUGGUCACUCGUACGGACGUGGCGUGGCACCCACCAGCCUGGUUUGUGGUCAUGCUGACCAUCUCUGCUGCCCUGCUGCUGGCCACCCUGGGGUGCCUGGCCCAGAGCCUGCUGCUCAACAACAGAGACCCUGGCAAGCUGCUCCUGAGCAAGAGCUCCUGGGACGUGGCAGAGCAGCGGGGUGACAAGGAGGAGCAGGUCUGUUCCCACCCCAGCAGCCCGGGGCAGUUCGAUGGCCGUGCCCAGGACCCCAGCACCGGCAGGGACUAUCUCUUCAGCAGCGUGACCGGGGCACGGCGCUGGAUCUGA